CUUCGCCCCCCCUCGGCCCGCCAUGAGGCUGGAUCUCCCCUCUCAUGCUGAACGAGUCAUGCUGAAUGCGUGAACGGUGACCUGUCCCUGAUUCCAUCGCCACGGCAGGGCCCCACAACUCCUAAGACUUGACCUCUACAAUGGCCUCACGUGAGCGGCUGGAGCGUCUGUUUAGCGGCGGUGAGCGGCGGCUGGAGGUUCCUGGCAUAUUUGACACUGGAUCGUCACCUGACACGUCAAGAGAGGCGACUCCAAUGGGGCGAAGGGCCUCGACCCCGGCGCUGCCGAGGUUGCCCCGUGAGGACGAGGCCAUGAUGUUUGAACGCCUGGGUGAGCUGCUGAAUGAGUCGUCCGCCUCCAACCUUAGGAUUCGCGCCCUUGAAGAAAAGCUCGAGGAAGCAGAGGCGUCCAAAGAGGAGAUGAAACUCAACCUUCGAGACGUGAGGAAGUUACGGGUCACAGAGUCAGUUCUGUAUGCUGGUUUGUGUGUCCUCUGCAGCUUUCGGAAGAGCUGGCGGCUGUGCGUCGGCAGAAAGACUCACUUGAGCGAUUCCUCACGCGCAUCAAGGUGCACAAAGUAACGCAAGUAUUCUUAGCGAUGUUAAUGUUCUGUCGUCAGGUUAUUGACCCUGGCGAAUCACACACGCGUCGCUCGAGCAAGGCUACGACUUCAGCAGCUCGCCGCGUAUCGGUCAUGCCUUACCACCUAGCAGGGGCGCCGCAAAGCAAAGAUGGACGACUAAGCGUCGAGGAAGUCAGUCCAACAACAGGAGCUGUGCGAAGGCUGUCCUUACUGCCGCCCCAGCAGGCGUCGAUACCCAAGCCCUUGGCGCCAGCAGUCGAGGCUGCCCCCCAGCCGCUCGAAGUACCCGAGCGGACUGAGGAGGCGCCUGCUGCUAUCCCCGCCCCCGAGGAGCCGCCGAGAGAGGUGGAAGGACGGGAGGGAGAGGCUGUGCUUGAGCUGGAGAUCAAACCAGAGGAGCAUGAGGAAGAAGCAUCCGAAGCAGGUAAGAAAUGGCACACCCUAAAGCUGGCCGCAUGAGAGGUGCGCUGUGGUGACCGUGUGCCAUCUAGGAGAGGGCGAAGAGUGGCAGGUCGAAAGCAGGAGGCUGUCGGUAGCGUCGAGCACUGGCAGACUAGACUUUGAGUCCUUCAAAGGUGCAGACAGAUACUCAUGUUAUAAAAAGCACCCCCAUCCAUGCAUUUUCUCGCCUGUCAUGCCCCACUCAGAAUCGAUGGACACGCUGACAGCGGAGUGCAAGUAAUGUCUGGGCAGAAAGGCGAGCGGAUGCUUUACUUGUGUCUCACCUGUUGAUAUAUCGUGCCCUGCUGCAGGAUGCUGCUCGAUAGCAACGACAGCCUCUUCAAAGAGAGGCAGGAUCUCAGCAAAAUCGUUGCAUACCUGCAGACAAGUAGGCGACACCCACUUAUGGCUGCCCUGCCUCUCUCCCUCCCUUCCUUGCUUAUCUUGUGCCGUGUCCCUUCAGCUCGUGAGCUUCUUCUGGAGAAAAUCAGGAUCGCCACGCUCAAGAAUCAGGGCCUGUCGAAAAAGUGCGACAUUCUGACGCAGAAGCUGAUUGCUUGUGAGAGCGAUGUCGUCGACAAGACCGGCGAGCGGCCGAGAUACCUGAAACUCGAAGAGACAGAGAUCGAGGCCAUCAGGCAGGCGAUGGGACUUCAGGUUCCCUCUACUCUCGUCCGGGGGGUGCUUGGCGGUGAGAGAGCGGAGGAGACGCACCCCCUGCACACCGCCCACAACGACAUCAAGCGACUCAAGAAGGUCGUGCACGAGCAGAAGGAGCAGCUCAAGUCGCAGCGGAGUGAGCUGGAGGAGUUGCGAGAGAAAUACGAGAAGAAGAGAGCAAUGGAGAGCAUCCUCUGCGCCCGGAUUGCCAAGCUAAAGGCCGAGACUCUGACGGCACAGAGGAUCGCCGUGGAGGCCACAGAACAAGUCAAGACAGUGCAGGUGCGCAAAGACAAUGUGACCAUGCACACUGACCGCGCGCGCACGUUCUGUCGUCUCUGCGAAUGUGUGCCUGCAGCCUGCCCUUGAGAUGGCCGCCACCAAGGGCCGAGAGUACCACAGGCGGUCGAUUGCCGUCUUGGACCACUCGCGAGGGCUGGAGAAUCGACUGACGGAGCUGGAGGAAAAGGUGGAGACGUUUGCCGAGGAGGAGGCAAACUACAAGAAACAAAUCGAACAGCUCAAGAGCGUACUGUCCACGGUCAGUGAGCAAACGAAGGAGGAAACAAUUGGUGACGCGCCGAUCGGCCACUUUGCGGAUUUAUUGACGCCAGGUUGAGGACGAGAGGGGAAGGCUGCAGCAGGAAAUGGAUAAAAUGGUCAACGAAAUAUCACCAAUGAGGGUCAGCGAAAAAGGCACACGAUGGGCACCCGCAAAUAUCUAUCUGAUGGUCAUAUCUUGCUUGUCACAGGCGCGGAAAGAUGCGGAAAUCUGGCGGUUGAAGGCCAGGGUCAAAUCCAUGGAGGUAAAGCGGCAGUCGGAAGUUGAGAGGUACACGGCCCCGGCAUCGCCCGUCACGCCAAAGCAGAUGGAUAUGAUCAGGAAAAGCCUCAGCUUCAUCACUGCAUCAUGCACGUACGUAUAGGCGAGCGGAACAAGGCACGUAACAUGUGGAUCGCCUACAGAGAAAUCCAUGUGUGUGUUGUCUCGCAGUGAGAUGGCCCGGAGGCAGAGGGUGUCGACGCGGGAGGCGCUGGCCGUCGAAGAGGCCGCCAAGGAAAUGGAAGACAAAAUGAUACAGUGUGAGGAUUCACAGGUGCAUUGCGCAGCUGCUUGAAUGGGCAUAGUGACGCCUUGGGGCUCUGUCGCUUUGUCAUUGCAGGUGAAGUUGAGGUGGGCGAGGCCGAACUGCAGACCAUUGAGAUUGAAAAGAAGAUCGACAGACUUGUUGAAGAAUACCGCGUAAGCAAACAGCCAGUCAAAUAAACAAACAAACAAACAAACGAAGAAGAGAAAGAAGGAAGGAAGGAAAGAAACGAAGAAGGCAGAUGAACUUUUCAUGUCUCUCUUGCGGUCUGUCUGAUGCGCACAUGGUUCCUGCAGGAGUCAGAGGAGCAGCUGGAGCAGUCCAAGAGGCGCUUGAGUGACGCCUCCGACAAGAUGAAAGUCGUGUACAAGCGCACAUCGAGGGACUCUGUCGAAAUGCAGGGGCUGAUCCGCAUGAUCGAGGAGACACCAGAGACACCAGAAUUGGAACCUAUCGAGCGAAGGCCCGUCCGCCAAGAGAUACAGGAGUGUUUGGCCCACCUUCAAUCGACCAAGCCUCUUGAGCAGCAGGACAUCGAAAUCGAGAGGCGGCAAACGGCAGACCUCUCACCGCAACAACGAGCCAAAGGCAAGCCCAGCAAAUCCCCGAAGCGGCAGCCCGAAGGCAGGGGCCCCAAGGGAGCCGUCGGCAAGAAGAAAGCCGCCAUGCCGGAGGCGCCGGCUACACGGGGCAAGACGGCACCACCUGAUGUGAGAAUCAGGCGCUCUGGCAGCGACAUUUGGGUGCCGCCCGGAUCUUUCCGGGCGCCCAUACUGCACCAGGUGGCUGGCCAGGUACGUGUCUUGAAUUAUGUAAUGAAGGCAACUACUAUGCGAUCUGUGUUUGUCGCACGUGCAGGGUGUGGUGGAUGCAUCCUUCGGGAGCAGGAUUCCCUUUCCGCGCAGCCCGACUGCGCCCCUCGUCGACAGCAGCAAGGUGGCGCCGAAGAAACCGACAUUACCUUCAGCUCACCAGCCGGGACUCAAGGCACCAUUACCCGCUUUCAGUAGCCGCACCUUCGUCCGUCCACCGCUGGCAGAGCCACACCCUAAAGCGCCGUGCACGAUAUGCUUUGGUCCGCAAGGGGAGCAGGAUGACAUCGACCAAUCGGAUGAUGGCAGGAUGGCCGACAUCGGGGCGGAGCCGAUGCAUGUCCUUUUGCCGAGUGUGUCCUCGUCGACGCUAUUUCCCACCUCCGGGACGCUACGCCGGGGCAUGCCACCGCUAGGUCCUCGCAAGAGGUCGCUGUCUGCUGGCGCCAGCUGUCCUAUCAGCAACUGUCGCGGCGACAACAGGGCGGCAGACGGCGGCAGAGCGAAGGCUGUUCAACUCCCGCUUCCUCUUCAGAAUGGGCUUCGGGAGCAGCAGACGAGCUUCCCCACAGUAAAUCAGCACAUCAACAGACGAGCUGAUUCAAAUGCAUGGUGGGCUGCGUGUUGAUGUAUGCGCUGAUCAAUGAUGGAUCAGGACAGGAGCACUUUGGGUGACACUCGGUGCUGCAUAUCUAUGAGUCCUCGGAAGAAUGAGGCUCCGUCGUCAGCAACGCGACCCCCUACCACCACCACUCAAUGGCUUCGUCCUACCGAAUCGCCUGCUACGCUACCACCACAUGUAUUAUGGACAAACACGCGAAGAUCAUUUUGCGAUUUACCUCUUGUAAUAUGUCUUGCGAUGUUUUGUCUGGCUCCCUGCCCGCAGGUCUGUGUUCGUCCGCCUGCCAAUGUCAUAUCACGUCGCAUGUUCACGCUGGCGACUUAUCGGUCGUUUCCUGUCUUACCAGGUCCGAACGCGGAGCAGAACAGACCAAAGAUAUUGGAGACAAUAAAGACACUUCCUUUUUGCUUUUCAGGUCGGCCUCGUGGUGGACCAGGUCAGUCACAUGUCAUGUACGCAAAGUUAUUGUGAUGGAUGCAUCAAUUGUGUGAUUUGGUGUCUCAGACGUCCGUGCCGUCCAUCCGACGCUAGGCUAUCAUCGUGCCUUCGACUGGACAAGCAUCACGCCUCACUGUGCACCGUCACAUCAACCUAAAGCGGUGCUGGCCUACGCUUCGCCUCGCAUUUCCUCUCCGCUCCCGCCCUGUGGGAGUCUGUAGAUUCUCCGGCACUGCGUCUUUUGCUUGGCUUUGGCCUUGAUCAGAGCUGUAUAUCAAUUGCAAAAUGUGUUCUGAGUCGUGAAUCAUCAUUGACUAUCGACAAAUAGGUCCAUUCAAUUGUGUGUCUAUUGAGUGAAGCUAACGCAUCGUUCCGAACACUUCACCGGUUGCAAAUUGAAG